UGUUGAUGAUGAAGGUCUGAUGCUGCCUGACUGUCUCUGUGACGUUGAUCUCCCUCACCCUCCAUUUUGGGUGAGAGCAGAUUAGUCAGAAAAACCACCAGCUGCUGUGGAAUGGGUUGACAUCGUGCAGCGCUGUAAUGCAGUUAUGUAAAUGUGACCAUUGAGGAGUGGAAGUGUUUUUACGUCUGGUUAAAAACACAGUUUCUCUCCACUGAGUCUCCACUGAUCUGUUGAUGAGUGCGUUGGUGUUGACAACAUAAUUUAUAACGUGGCAACUUGUGAUUACUGACACACACACACACACACACAACAUAUGUCGUGUUUUCUUGGUCGCUCUACGACUUAUUACGAUAUAUUAAUGACACAAAUGCUCCCUCAUGCACUCAUGAAUCAGUGGGACAAGGACGCUCAAUCAAACCCCGAACAACAUCAGGUCCAAGCCGAAGCUGCCCUUGUUUGUGCAACAUUUGGGGGAGAAAAUCUAUUCUGUCUAUUGUGGUGUUGCCUCUAAAGUCUGUGUAGUAUGUAGAGCGACAGCUAAGGGAGAGGCGCUUACUUGGCUCCGGUUCACAGUCACUGGCCUCCAGAUUAACAUUGUUUAACUCGUCACAGCUCAACUGCUCAACAAUCGUACAAUAACACGCAGCAGACGCUGGUAAGCAGUUGCUGUGGAAAUGAAGCAGAACCAAAUGUCCUUCUAUCUCUCUCUGUCUCAGUCUCUCUCUUCAUAGCUUAUUCUCUGACUCCUUUUAAUUGUUCAGUGGAAUACUGUAUCAUAAUGUUGCUGACAGGAUUUGUUCAUAACUUUCCAAGGAAACAAACAGAGAACCUCGUAUCAAGUGACUUGUAGGUGCCACGGCUGUGCGAUGUAAAGUGGAAAAAUGGCACAUAAUGGAAAAAAUGGGGAGAAAGGAAGUGAGGAUAAAGAAGGCAAGGAUGAACCACACAAACUCUCCGCAGAUGGUGGCUCCUAUUUGGCGACCAGAAGGCAUCUACCUCGAGGGAUUGUGAUCCAGCUGACUGGGACAGAGGGAGAAUGGGACAGCUUAGAUGACAGUGAGCUUAUCUUCUCCCUGGACCAUGAUGAGGACUACCCUUCUAUAUCUCUCUCUAAAGAGAGGCAUCUUUCUGUGGAAGAUGACGGACGGUUGCAGUCGCAGUCUUUCCAUGUCCCUUUGUCUCCAUCCUCGCCAGACUCUUUGGGGAACUGCUCUGCCACUAGACCCAGUUUCCUCUCUCCGGGCCCGUCCUCACCUACCACCCGACCUCUGUCAAGCCUGGUCAAGUCUCUCUCCACGGAAUUGGAGCUCAAAGAAGGCUCCAAACUUAGACCCAAGCCCUUUCUCAACCUCGUGAAGUCGAUUUCUACAGAGAUUACCCACUCAGAACCUGAGGUAUCGCAGUCAAAGUCAGACUCCCGCCUCAACCUACACCUAUGGAAGCAGCUGACUCAACCGAAAUCUCGCAGCAACGGGGACUCUCGCACUGCGCCCCCUUCUCCUAGCUCCCUCUCCCCAAGUGGAGAGGCUCUGAGGGGAGGCUUCUUCAAACUGGAACUGGAGGACACCAAGAGGAAGCUCUCGGAGGCCAUGCACGAACCUCUGAGCAACAUGUUCAGUAAGAUCAUGAGAGAGGAGAGCAUAGGCAGCCCCAAACACCAGUCCAAGACGCAGUCUUGUCACCAAGUCGGCUCCAGAGGUUUGGGUCGGGAGAGCAGCACAGAUACGAAUCUUUCAGAGUCGCCUGUGAGGAACGUUAGAAAAACAGACUCUGAAGUGUUGCCCGUGUUUGACUGGCCUUUUCUUAAAGGUCACGGGAGAGUUCACCACAGCUCGUGUCCGGUUUAUCACCAGAGACCACAUCACAUGGAUGAAGAGCUGGAAAUAUGCACAGAAGGUGAUGUAAUGCAAGUAUUUGCCACAGAGACACACAGACAGGCGAGGAGACCAGCUGCUGGCUCCCAGGUGCCGGUAGCACCAUUUGAACAGAUCUCACCUCCUACUCAGCAACCACGUCCUCUGCCAUGCAUGAGUUUAUUCUGUGUGGGAGUGUUGUCUUAUGGAUAUUUUAUCCUUCCUCUCAGUCCGUAUCUCUCUGGUCUGGCGCUGGGAUUAGCACUGGGCUUCUUGCUCGGACUGUUCCUCGUCAGGAUAGGUUCCUCCAGGUCUCGUUGUCAGGCUCCUACCGACACACGGGCCCAGACCUUGCUUGGGGAGGUGAUUCCGACAAGUGGUGCUGUUCAAACCGAGCCUGAGAUCCUCAAGGGCUGGAUGAACGAGAUACAUGAUUACGACCCUGAGACCUUCCAUUCAGCUCAGACUCACUCUGUGUUUGCAACGUUGGAGGGUUCCCGUCUCCGACUGGACUCCCCGAGGACCAACGUCAGCCGCAGGGCCACUUACGACGAGAGAGUCCCCGAGGCCGUCUUUGUCAAGUCACGCUGCUUUCAGCUCGCAAACAGUAAAGUCUUUCUGCUUCCAUCUGUGUUGGCAAAUAAGAGGCUGUGGAACCCAAAAUAUCCCAUCUGCAUCCAACUGUCCGUGGCAGUGCAGGAGGACGAGGGAGACGAACCAGAUGAAUCUACAAGUCCAAAACAAAGCUCCCGGAAACACGUCCAUGACCUCCCGACCUCUCUCUACCUCUUCAGCCGCACGGGACGUGAGAAAGAAGAGUGGUUCCGUCACUUCCUGUUUGCGUCCGUGGACACUGAGAGGGAAAAGGAGGCGGAGGGACAGAGACGUGACAGAUGUGUGUCCAGAUCGGGAGAUCCAGCACCAGCACAGACAGGUCACAUCCUAAACAACAGGAGCUCCAGCAGAGUGGACAGCAGUGACGACGAUGGCCCCUGCACGCCUCCUCCAGCCCCCUCCGUCCCUGCUCCUCACUGCACUCAGACCUCUAGCAGCACCAGGAACCUCCCGGCACCACUCGACUACCCCAGCUACAUGUCUCGUCUCCUGGCCACAGAGGACAUGUCCCCACUGUCCAGUCCUGGAGGAGACAGCAGCACAGGGACGAGUCCCACCCUCAGAGCCAAGUGCACAUGUCAUGUAGCAGAGCAUCAUGGGAGGAGCCAGACCGCGUGGGCUGACGCCCUCAUUGGUCGAAUCUUCUGGGACUUCCUGCGGGAGAAACACUGGGCCGAUGCCGUUUCACAGAAGAUCCAGAAGAAGCUGAGCAAAAUCAGAUUGCCUUACUUCAUGAACGAGUUGACUCUGACAGAGUUGGACAUGGGCAGCUCGAUGCCUCACAUCACUGCUGCCUCCAAACCAGCGUUUAACCACAGAGGUGUGUGGGUGGAGCUGCAGCUGGUCUACACAGGCGUCCUGCAGAUGACCCUGCAGACCAAGUUUAACUUGUCCAAGCUGGGGAAAGACGGCAGUCAGGAGGCGGAGCUUGGCAGCGAGACACGUAACACGCGCUGCAGGUCCGUCCUCAGCGUGUUGGCCGACAGUGACGAGGAAUCGUCCAGCGCUGGAUCCUCUGAUGAAGAAGAGUUUCUUCUCUCUGAGCCUCAGUGUCCGCUCACAGACAAAGGAUCCACAGCAGGAACUGAAGGGACGGGGGGAGGCAGGACCGGGCGGAAGAUUUUGAGAUUUGUGGACAAGAUUGCCAAAUCCAAGUAUUUCCAGAAGGCGACGGAGAACGAGUUCAUCAGGAAGAAGUUUGAGGAUGUGUCCAACACGCCUCUGCUCCUCACCGUGGAGGUCCAGGAGCUGUCGGGGACGCUGGUCGUCAACGUCCCGCCUCCCCCCACUGACAGGAUAUGGUACAGCUUCUGUGUUCCGCCCAAACUGGAACUGCACGUCCGACCUAAACUGGGAGAAAGAGAAGUGACUUUCUGUCACGUGACGGAGUGGAUCGAGAGGAAACUGCAGGACGAGUUUCAGAAAGUGUUUGUUCUGCCAAACAUGGACGACAUCUGUUUACCGCUGAUGCAUUCUGGGAUGGAGCCGCCUCAAGUGUCUGAGCCUCUGUCCACUCAGUCCCACUGUUCCUCCACUGAGUCCAUCGAGAGGAUCCCGUCCCUGAUUCCUGGGACAGAGUCGGACUAAUCUUACAUAUAUAUAUGUAUGUGUAUAUAUAUAUCUGUAUAUAUACAUAUACAUAUAUGUAUGUGUAUAUAUGUAUAUAUGUGUAUAUACUGUAUGUAUAUAUAUAUCUUUUUUUAACAGUAAAAGACAGCAAAGGGGAAACUGAAUGUCAGCAAACAGAAGAUAAAGGUUUAUUAUUUGCCUCUAUAGACGUAUAAAGGGACAGUUGUAUGAAAUAAUGGGACCAAGACACAUGACUGCCAGCAGGGACAGAUGGACAGGGAAAGAGGGACAGAAGGACAGAAGGACAGGUGUCAGCCACUCAACAAAAGACCAUUAAAAGUCCUAUUUGUGGCUGGGAACUGACGUUUGUAAAAAACAAAACAAAACAAACCACUGCACCAAACCUCAUAGAGAAAAUGAGCGUUUUACGCUCACAGGGACACGGGAGCUGCUGGUCUCUUGCUGCCUUAUUUGAUGAGUUUGCGUCACUUGUGUCAAACUAAAUGAAGGAUUUCAAACACUGGACUAAUAAAAUAACAUGUGUGAACCAAGUGAAUGAUGCAGCAGUGGAUCCACAGCUCCUGUGUGAUGGGAUUUAAAUUUGAUGAUUUUCUCUAUGGGCUUUGGUGCUGGGAGAGUGCAGUUUACAAACGUUGAGUUUUCAGCCAGUAAAAGUUGUCUAACGGCAAGAAAUGUGUCUUUAAGAUAUAACAGAUGGAAGCAGGUGUAGAUCUCAUGAGCUAAAAUCUAAAUAUGCUUACUAAAGGUCAGACAUUUUACUCUGUAGCUGGGGUUUGUUCAUGUGUUCAUUAUGUAUGUAUUAUGUAUUAUUUGCUGCUUUGAUGUUUACAACUUCAUGUCACUUACAGUGACGGAAAUUAUGUAAUAAAACGUUUUUAAAAAGCACUUGUGAAAUAAUGGAAUUAUGGGAAAGAAACUUUGUUGACGUUGAGUAUAACUCGUCAUGAAAACAUUCAUGUGUUCACGAGGCUGAUGUCAUCUCGAUCGCAGCGUGUGACAUUUCAAACAUUCUAAUGUGUUGCGUAACUGCAGUUGUCUUGUUUGUUUGUGUAGGCCUCGCCUUUGACUAAAUAUCACAGGAAGCUUAUUCACUUUCUGCCGGUUAAUCCUCCUUAAUGUUGCAUGUUUGACAUGUAUCUAUAAACACAGGUGGAUUACUCAGAUGACCAGAAUGUGCAGUGCUGAAUUUGACGUGGUUUGGACUAGAAAUGCAAGAGAAACUGGUAGAAAUGUGACAAUAAUUGCUUAAAAUCAAAAAAAAGAAACAGGAGAGGUACUGUACUAGUUUAAAAUAAUGCAUAUGGUACCAAAGUGGACACAUGGUCUUGUUUGAUUGUGGUCUUUGUUAACACUGGAAGAAGAUCACAGUCACUUC